AUGAAUCGUAACGCAAAAGACUCCAUGAAGUCCACCUGGCGGCAGCAAGCCCGCUCAGAGUGGACACUCUUCCACUGGUUCUACGAAGUCCUCGGCAUCCACCCCGAACACCUCGACAAGAACGUCCCCGUUCAUCUAAAGGAAGACGCCGUGCCGUACAUCCCAGACUGGUCCAUGCACCGCUGGGUGCUCACGCACGCCGCCAUCCCCCUCCUGAUCCACCACGCGUACGUUGAGAUCACUGGCCACAACCUCAGCGCGUGGGGUGCCUUCUUCCUCUACGGCCUCGCCUUCAAAGCCAUCGCCAUCCACGAAAUCCACGUCCUGCGACGAGUAGGCCACCAGCACGGCUUCCUAGACGGCGACAAGCACGCGCGCGACGGUGUCCCAGACGUCGGCGUCGCCAAGGUCGUCUUCUCACUCAUGUUAACAUCAACCCUCCGCCCAAUGUUCACCGUCUUCAUCGCCUACCACGCCACACACCCGCCCUCCACUAUCAGCUUCCUCUGGCUGCCCCUCGAAGCCGGGCUGUACGGUAUCGUCCUCGACUUCUGGUUCUACUGGUACCACCGGCUGAUGCAUGACGUGGGCGCGUUGUGGAAAUACCACCGCACGCACCACCUCACCAAGCAUCCGAACCCGCUGCUGACGCUGUACGCGGACUCGGAGCAGGAGUUCUUUGAUAUCCUCGGCAUCCCGCUUAUGACGUAUUUCAGCAUGCGGGCUGUGGGCAUACCGAUGGGGUUCUAUGAGUGGUGGGUUUGCCAUCAGUAUGUGGUGUUUGCGGAGUUGGCGGGGCAUAGUGGGCUGCGGGUUCAUGCUACGCCGCCGUCGACGUUGAGUUGGGCUUUGCGGUGGUUUGGGGUGGAGCUUGUUAUUGAGGAUCAUGAUUUGCAUCAUCGGAAGGGUUGGAGGAAGAGUCAUAACUAUGGGAAGCAGACGAGGCUUUGGGAUCGGGUCUUUGGGACUUGUACUGAUCGUGUUGAAUCGGUUGAGGAUAAUGUUGAUUAUGUCAAUUCGUCGCCUAUGCCGUUGUAUUGA